AAUGCUCAAUUACCACAAUUUCCGGCACCGUUUCCUUUUCCAUUUCCAUUCCUACCGAGUCCCGGUGUACCAGGAUUACCUGAUAUAACAAAAUGUUUGACAUCUUUUAUGAAUAUUCCAGGGUGUAUCGCAGAGUUUUCGCAAUCUAUACUCAUUGGAAAGUUUGGAAACAUAGGCCCUGCUUGUUGCAAAGCAAUUUUGGAAGCUGAAACCAAUUGCAUUCCACAACUUCCAUUCAAUCCGUUUUUUCCUCCUAUGCUAAAGGAACAGUGUUCAAAAACUAUUGGCGCACUUCCUCCUACCAAAAAGUAG